UUUUCCAGACGUCAUCAAAGUAAACCUGUUGAGUUUUGGCCCGGUGUGAACGGGAGCGCCGCCCGGUGGCCGGAGGCUGCCCGCCUUUGCCACAGAGCAAAAUGAGACAGAAAAAUGGCGGACGUCAGGAAAAUCUGUCCUGAGUCUUUGCCCUGUCGUUUAAGCUAUUCGCGAAAAACGUCAUUCCAGGGGAAGCUUUUUAUCCUUCUUUGCAUACUUAAAGUGGACACCGGAGGAGCUACGACCCACUGGGUUGUCACAGAGGAUGGAAAAAUACAACAACAGGUUGACUCACCUUUGAAUCUGAAGCAUCCACUAGACGUUGUGAUCUUCAUGAGGCAAGAGACUCGUGUUAACUACCUUAAGAAGCUGGAGAAACAGCUUGUGGCGCAAAAAAUUCACAUUGAAGAGAAUGAGGAUAGAGACACAGGGCUGGAACAGAGACACUACAAAGAGGAUGCAGACUGUGUCAUGGCUAAGGUUCCCCUGGGAGACCUGGACCUUUAUGAUGGCACUUAUAUUUCCCUAGAAAGCAAAGACAUCAGCCCUGAAGAUUUUGUGGAUUCUCUGUCAGCUCUGCCCCCAGAUCUAGAAAAGCCUGACUGUGCGGUGUUUGAACUACCAUAUAGUAUCCAUGCUUUCCAGCAUCUCAGGGGUGUGCAGGAGAGGGCAAACUUGACCUCCCCACUGCUUUCUAAGGAGGAUCCCAUUUUUAGUUCAUUGUCUCAUAAACUGGGCCGCAGUGUGGAUGAUGUGGGCCAUCGCAUCCAUCACGGCUUACUGGAGAACUCCUCGUCCUGGGUGCUUUACAACAUGGCGUCUUUUUACUGGCGUAUGAAGAACGAGCCCCAGAGGGCAGUGGACUGUGUGGUUCGUGCUCUGCAUUUCUCUCCAAGGGAGCACAAGGAUGUAGCUCUAGUCAACAUGGCCAACAUCCUGCACCGCGCCCAUUUCUCAGCUGACGCUGCUAUUCUUGCUCACGCUGCCCUGGACCUUACCUCAGAUCUCUUCACCAGCCACUACACCUUAGGCAACAUUUAUGCUAUGCUUGGGGAAUACAACCACUCAGUGCUGUGUUACGAGCAGGCUCUGCAGGCCCAGCCAGGCUUCGAGCAGGCCCUGAGGAGGAAACAUGCCGUGCUCUGUCAGCAAAAGCUGGAGCAGCGCCUGGAAGCCCAGCACAGAUCCCUGCAGCGGACACUGAAUGAACUGAAGGAGUACCAGAAGCAGCAUGAUCACUACCUCCGCCAGCAGGAGGCACUGGACAAACACAAGCUGCUGCAGGAAGAGCAGAUCCUGCGCAACAUUAUCCAUGAGACCCAGAUGGCCAAAGAAGCCCAACUUGGGAACCAUCAGAUGUGUCGGCUGGGUUAUAAGCAUCGCAGCCUCUACUGCCCCUUUGACCUGCCUGUGCGCUAUCACCGUGGCGAUCUGUUUGAGCAUGUCAGCUUUGUUCAAUUUGGGGAGGAGGUGUCGGUGGCAUCCAGCGUGGCGCUUGUGUCAGAGCGCAACUCCAACCAGACGGCAGCCAGCCCCCAGCUCCAUCCCUCCGUGUCCGGAGACCAGGACCCCGCCGCUGCUCUCUGGGGCAGCCGUCUGGAUUACACGCAGGACAUACAGAGGAUGCUGUGGCCUCAGAGGAGCGACUGUGCUCACGAGUACCCGAGUGUUCCCCCCGCUCACCUGCUGCCAACCUUCUACCUUCCCCCUGAAACACAGGGCCUCAGCCCAGUGGCAACUCUCCUCUAUGGGAGCAGUCCUCCUCUGACGGUAGCUCUGCCAAACUGUGGUCCCGUUCCCCAACCAUACCCAGCCCUCCUGCCUGCUUCAAUAGACUGGCCUCUGGAAGAAAAGAAGCUCCCAGAUCCCUCUGCCUCCCAGAUCCUGCAGUUACGUAGUGGAGGAUGGACGCUGGAGCAGAUUGGCUCCAGAAUAGCGCACGUUAUGAAACAAGCCACUGUCCCCUGCUGGCAGACCCACAGUGAGGCGGCUCUAUUCUGGCGCGCCAAAGGCAACGGCAGCCUUGCCCUGCAGUGCUUGCGCCAAGUGUUGAGCUCUGCCCCGCCCCCCCACCGCCACGUCCCCCUCACCAACGCCGCUAACCUGCUGCUACAUCACGGCUUGACCACCCACUCGCAAACCCUGCUGGAGCAAGCCAUGGCUAUCAAUGCAUCGGAGCCCCACACCCUCAUCAGCAUGGUGAGUGUUCAGUUGGCUCAGGGCAAUGUGACCGGCGCUCUGGCCUUGUUCCGCCACAUCCUGGUGACGGCCCUUUCCUCCUCCUCCUCUUCCUCCUCCUUCGCUGGCUGUGAACAGUGUCGCGCCAGCCUUCCUCUGCUGCGCUGUCUGCAGUUCUACCCCUUCCUCUACAACCUCUCACAUCGACAGCCCUGCUCACAGGGCGCCGCCUGCUUGGCUGAAAAGGAGCUCGGCAUUCAGCUGGAGGAGUGGGAGGGCAACGAGGAGAAGCAGGAUGCCCCCCCCCUCUCUGCCAUGGAGGACUCCUUGCUCUUUGAGAAGGUGAUCCUGGACAGUAACGGGUCGGGUGAAGCAGCCGGUCAGCAGAGGGAUGCUCCCUCCGCCUCAGCAACUGCUAACAUGGCCACUCCAUUUGGUGGUGGAGCGGUGGAGGGGGAGGAGGAGUGGCAGCUGAAGGAGGACCUGAUGGGGGCUUUUGAGGGAGCGCUUGAUGUUGGGGGCAAACGGGGGGACCUGCGAGGGAUCCGGGUGCUAAAGAACGACCGUGUCAUGGGAUCCCGUGCCGGUGGUGGGCCGUGCUUCGGGAACUGUGAGGAUGACGAGGGAGCUGAGUGGAUCACCUUCCAGGUAAAGCGGGUGAGGAAGGCUAAGGUGGAUGGCACAGAGGGGGUCUCCAGCUCUGAUGAAGGCCAGAACGGGGAGUCCCUGCCUGGAGGACACUCUGUCUUGGAGAUAAGCGGGCCAACUAUCCCAUCGCCUGGCCCUUCAGGCCGCUGGAGGGACUACACAAGUCUUGGCUGGCCGGGCCCCGAGGAGUGCCAGCGGACACGCAGGGUGGACCUCACCACUGUAGCUAGCACCUGGCUAGCUGUUUCUGCCAAGAACAUCGACAUCACAGAGCAUAUAGACUUUGCCACUCCGCUCCAGGAGCCAGCUGCUGAACCUUUAUGCAACGCCAACCUCGCUGCCAGCAUGCACACCCUGGACCACCUGGCGGGGGUGGCCAACCGCGCCGCCAUCCACUACACCGGAGAGAGCCAGCUGCGGGAGGUCCUGCAGAACCUCGGCAAAGAUAAGUUCCCCCCUCAGUCCUUUGAGCAGGUGGGGACACGCAUCGCUAAAGUCCUGGAGAAGAACCAGACAUCAUGGGUGUUAUCCAGCAUGGCUGCGCUGUACUGGAGGGUCAAAGGUCAAGGCAAGAAAGCCAUCGACUGCCUGCGACAGGCCCUCAACUACGCCCCCCACCACAUGAAGGACGUGCCCCUCAUCAGCCUGGCCAACAUCUUCCAGAAUGCCCGGCUAUGGGACGACGCUCUGACAGUCGCCCGCAUGGCCGUAGAAAUCGCCCCACACUUUGUCGUGAACCACUUUACCCUCGCCAACGUCUACAUAGCAAUGGAGGAGUUUGAGAAAGCGAUGCGCUGGUACGAGUCCACUCUGAAGCUGCAGCCAGAGUUCGCCCCUGCCAAAGAUCGACUGAGAACCAUUCAGUGUUACCUGCUCACCAAGAGGGAGCGCCGGCAGCCAUAGACCGCUUCAUCACAGGACUCCCUGCAGUCAUGAUAAUAACACUCACACUGACACACACUCAUCUGAAAACCACACAUAAGCUGCACACAAGUGUAAGAAACCGUCAUGUGGUCAAAGGUGAGGUAUCAAUAUUCAUAUCCAGUGGAAUCUGGGUUCUAACCCCCCAAAGAAUUAGGUUUCGAGACGUCACUGAGUACAACUGUAGAUAACUUUGCCCCACUACUUCUGAAUGCAGGACCUCUUGUUAUCUAACAAUCAAUAAGUCAUGAUUGUCUGCUUUACUUGCAAAAAUGAAAGGGAAAUAAAAUCAAAUACGGUUUGCAAAUUACAUUCAAUUCUUAAAUAUUCUGGUUUCAUCCUGUGCUAAUUGGCUGGACAGUUUACAUGCUUAAAGAUAUUGAAGCAUUUUGGUAUUGGGUGCCUGAAAUGGCGCCAUGUUUUAAUGUACCUUAAUUGGACAUUUCAAAUGAGAAGAUGUUUUUCAUUCUUCGCUGAGAUGGUUAGGAAUGUGCCUCUAGACUCCGAGGUUAAAGGGGUUUGCGUUGGAAGAUAUAUGCCCUCAAUUUUUCUGUUUCAUAAAAUGGAUAGGGAUUCUCAGUUUUUCUUUUGCACUUUUAUUUCAUUAUCAUUCCUAUUUAUAUGGGACCUACAAACUUUGAUUUGUUCCAAGGUCAUUUAAAAACAAAAGAGAGAAACUGAAACAUGCUAUGCUUUGCUUCCUGACUUCUGGCACUCAUAAGGCAGAGCAAAGGAUUUGCUAUUGGCCAUCUACAAUAAAAAAACUAAAGUGGAAUCUGUAUUUAAUGUACAGUAUUAAAGGCAGUGUGUGGAUUUCAUUACUUCA